AUGUCAAUUAUACCAUCGGUAAGGAUAACAAAAAACCCUAGUAAAAAAUUAUCUUUAUUGUUACAACCUAUUUUAGAUGCUUUGGCCACCACUAUCUUAGAAAUAGAUGAACAAAUAGAUACCGAUAGAAUAGAAGGACAGUUUAGUUGUUUGGAUUUUGAAAAUUGUGCUACUCUUUUAGACCAACAAUUAGAUGAAGUUGCCAAGAUAUUCAAACAAAUAUUAUUUGAAAAGGAUCAAGCAUUGGAUCGUAGUUACUUAUCUGAAUAUAUUGACUGGUUACAUGACGGGAAGAAACAAUUCUAUUCAAUUCUACAGGCUUUGCAAAAAGUAGAGCACCUACUAGUGAAAAUACUGGAUGUUAUAGAGACAAAGCAUGCUGAAUCAAUAGACAGUAGUUUUUCCACAAUAUUUGAUUUAAUUGAGAAAUGUUCAGAGAAAUACGCCAUUUUGAAAACUUUGUGUUCAUAUUUACAACAACAUUUCGGUAUAAUAUCCGAGUUCAAAGAAAUUUACUGCGAAUUUAUGGAUUCAUUGGAUAUAGAAAUUGGCAAAAUGUUUUCAAAAUUGUUGAUAUUUCGUGAUUUAAAUUUAGAUUUUGAUAAUUCCAUACCGAAUAUAAACAUUCUGAUUAAGAUUUUAAACGAGAGCACAAUAAAUGGGAUAGAAUCACCAAAAAAUAAAAGUACUCCCAGUAUUUGUAGAAAUCAUGAGCCCCUAGCCCAUCAAUUACCCGCUUUCACCCUAGAUGAUAAUUCCAAAUGGGAACUUUUCAGUGAAGAAAUCAUAUCUAACUUUAAACCUCUGAAUACUAGUAUUACUGAAAUUUUAGCGGGGAAAAUUGAAGAUUUUAAAAACUCACACGAAAACUUUGAGAAUUUGGUCCAAUUAAUCGAAUUAAUAGCAAAGAAAUAUAACAAUUUAACCAAAAAAUUUGAAAUAUUGGAGAAUGAAAUCAUGGAUUUCAAAACUGAAAUUAUAAUGGAUAGAUGGAAGCAAGUAUAUUAUCACAAUUGCAAUACUAUUGAGAACUUGCUAAACAAUGUAUUACCCACCAAUCAUGUAAAAUAUAAGAACUGUAUGGAACUAAAUGGGAAUAAUGAAAUGCUUAAAUUUUAUAGGAAAAAAAUUUAUGGGAAUAUUUUAAUAAUAGAAAAAAUUUUAAAAUUUAUCAGCCAGUUGACAGAACAAGAUUUUUGGCUUCAAGAGGGGAGCAAACCCAAUUUCAAUAAUAAAAGCAAUUGCUAUAGAGGUGGUAGCACCAGUAAUAUCGAUCUACUUUAUAAAAAAAACGAAUUAAUAUUCCAAUGGUUAAAAAUAAAAAAAGAACUGGGUUUAGUUGAUGAAAUUGUAGAUUCUAUUAAGAAACAAGAAUUUUCUGAACCACCGGUAUCAAUGGCAAUUGGAACUUCUUCUACACAUGAAGUUAAACGGGACCAGAAAAGUAACAACAAUAGUGUAAGCCAUAGUAUUAGAUCUAACAACACAGACGGUAAAAGCAAGAAUAAAUCCCAUGGGACCACAAGAAAUAUAAGUAUAAGGAAAAGUUAUAUGUCAUCAACACAGAAUCGAGAGUCGUCAAGAAUAAGUUCAAAUCUAUCCGAUGAAAACUAUUGUGGCGGUAACGCCUGUAACAAGAUUAAAAGGUUAAGUACUUUUGAAAAUAUUGAGGAAUGGGAGAAUCUUAGCAAAGAAGUGAGAAAACAAAGUAUAGGGGCAUUAAUACAUCAAAAAAUGAAUAUUGUGCCCAUUAUUGUUAGUAAUACUCCUGAAUCACAGUCAUCAGGAAGGGCUUACUUCGAUACGUUAGAGCCUGAGGUGUGUAGAGCUGAACGAAAGAAUGACAAGUAUGAGUUUGAUGGUUGUAUCAACGAUAUAUUAGAAUAUGAAAGAAACAACACAAGAGGGGAAGUUGCAACUCCUGAAUUUUUAAACCCUACCGUAUUAGCCGAGGGAUCGUAUUUACAUGAAGCAGGACUUGAUUUUGUUCAGAGCAGUUCACCAACCGAAGCUAAUGUGGAUGUAGGUGGUGUUUUAGGAACAUUAAAAUCAGAAGAUGGAAAAACAGGAAAGAAUCGUGCUGAUGAUAUUGGUAGCAAUGAUAAUAGUCACAUAGCAACUAUAAGUUCUGAAAGGAUGAGUCCAAAAUAUGAGAAUGAUGGUGAUAUUAGGGAGAAAGAUAAUGAUAGUGAUGAUUGUAGUGACUUAAAUAAAACAUUUAUUUCUUUAAACAUUCCAAAAAAUAGGACUAAUGAAAACAGAGAUUUUGAAAAGCUAUUUAAGGAAAGAAUUAUUUCUAAUGCUAAUGUUAAAUCAAAGAUUCCUAAUCUAAAGAAUAGAGGCUCUGCUGAUGUGCUGAUAAACACUGGGAUAGAAAACAAUGAAAUUAACGGAACAUCAAAUGCUUUGAGCAAUUCGGUAUCAAGAAUACUAAGUUUAUGUUCAACAAAGAAAUCAUCUAAAUUGUUAUCAUUAUCGUUUGAUGGAUAUUGUUGUAGUAUUCCAGAGAAAAAUAAGAUUUUGCGCAAACCUACACCUCUAAAAGAAUUAUUAGUAAAUAAUUCAAGAACACCGACGACAGUAUAUAAUUAA